AGGAGUGAGCCGAGAGAGAGAUCAGUGGCGUAGUGUUACAUUAUUACAUUGUUACAUUGUUACAUUAAACGGAUGCUUUGUAAAUGCGUUUUUCAUUUAUUCCGGUGCAACAAAAAUGGAACAAGUAUAAACUUGGAACAAGAAAAAUUACUGAAUGUAGUGUUCGUUUCAGUUUAUAGGAUUUAGUGUAAUUUAUGCAUAAAUUGUCGACACACAUGUAAAUGUUUUGUUUGAAUGUGUAAAUGUGCGUUCGCUUUAGACUAGUGUAAAGUCUCAUUUCACCCACCUGAGAAUUAAUAGGUUAAAAUAAUGCACCGGAACAACGUGUAUAAAGAAAACUGUGAUCUGCACAACUGCAUUGAGUUCAUUAAAGAUCAUCUAUAUUUUGGUAUUCUUCAUCAGAAGGUCAAGAGUUCACCUGACAGACAUUGUUUCUGCAUUGAUGAAGAGCUCUCAUAUGAAAACUUCUACGCGGACUUUGGCCCACUCAACCUGGCCAUGUUUUAUCGCUUUUGUUGCAAACUCAACAAGAAGCUGAAGUCUUGUGCUCAUGCAAAGAAGAAAAUAGUGUUUUACACCUGUGGCGACAGGAAGAAACAAGCCAAUGCUGCGUAUUUGAUCGGCUCUUAUGCUGUCUUGCAUCUACAGAAAACACCAGAGGAAGCUUACAGUCUUCUAGUCUCUCAAAAUGCAUCCUAUCUUCCUUUUAGAGAUGCAUCUUUUGGAACUUGCAUGUUCAAUCUGAAUAUUCUUGACUGUCUACGGGCCAUUCACAAGGCGCUGCAGUUCGGCUGGUUGGAUUUCUCACAGUUUGAUGUGGAAGAAUAUGAACAUUAUGAGAGGGCAGAGAAUGGAGAUUUCAACUGGAUUAUUCCAGGGAAGUUCUUGGCUUUCAGCGGUCCUCAUCCAAAGAGUAAAAUCGAGAAUGGAUACCCUCUUCAUGCCCCGGAAGCGUACUUCCCCUACUUCAGAAAGCAUAACAUCACCACCAUCAUCCGGCUCAAUAAGAAAAUGUACGAUGCCAAGCGUUUCACAGACAUGGGCUUCAAACACCAUGACCUGUUCUUUGUGGAUGGUAGCACGCCCAAUGAUGUCAUCGUCACCAAGUUCCUAAACAUCUGUGAGAAUGCUGAUGGGGCAAUCGCGGUCCACUGUAAAGCUGGUCUGGGUCGAACAGGAACCCUCAUCGCCUGUUACAUGAUGAAACACUUCAGACUGACGGCAGCUGAAGCCAUCGCAUGGAUCAGAAUCUGCAGGCCCGGAUCAGUCAUUGGACCUCAACAGAACUUCACUGAACAGAAGCAGUCCAGUCUGUGGGCAGAGGGUGAUGUGUAUCGGCAAAAGAUAAAUGAGCAGGAAAAUGGCACGAGUAAAACAGAAGUGGCUGGAAUCUUGUCUGGAGUUGAAGAUAUCUCCAUCAAUGGAACGAACAAGAAUAUCUCACCGAGGAGAACAACCACUGAAACACACACUGAGGAAGAGGAAGAGGAAUGUGGAGGUCUUACACAAGGCGACAAACUAAGAGCGCUGAAGAGUAAGAGGCAGUCCAGAGUGUCCACCGGUUCAUUAUCCUCCGAUAAAAGGAAAAGGACCAGAGCUUCGCUUGGAUCCAACAGGACCAGUAGCUCGUUGUUACAGUCAAGACUUGCAAAGUCUUUAGGCAACUUGCACGUAAUGGCCUGUGAAAACGACCAUGUGUUCUCUGAAGUUAACGCCGCCUCUAUGGCCAACAGUAAUUUCAACAAGCAGUCGAACUUAAAGCACUUAAACCCAGUUGCUACCCAGAGGGCGUCCUCUGCCGUUUCAAAGCAACACUAUGGUCACAGUCUGAGUUUACUCAGCUCAUAACUCCAUCUCCAAAGCUCGCGCUCCGCUUCUGCGCUGAAAACGGCUGUGGACCCAGAAAAGACCAGCGUCAUCUAGACUGCACUAAUAUUCUUCUUGUUUUAUUUCUUAUGGUUUACAUAUUUUGUCUAAGCAGUCUUCUAUGUACAUCAAAAAGGAAUCUGUUUUGAUGGGAAAAGUCCUCAAAUGUUAAUCAUUUGUAUUUGAGAAAACAAAUCUUUUUAAAUCUGAGAGAGCUUUAAAAUGCUUAAGUCUUCUUUUUAUGCCAGUGUACAUAUCAUGCAUUUCAGAAUGCUGCUUUAGCUAUUAUGUUACUAAACCUGUAAUAAUAUUUUAAAAAUAAUGUACCUAAUACUUUAUCUACGUUACCCUACAACCAUGUGACAUACUGUAGAUCUAAUGUGAAGCUCUUUGUUUGAAACAUACUGUGGUAACCAUGACUGAAAUCUGUAUAUAGGCUUAAAUUUAAUAGACAAAGUUUUUUUUAGUUUUUUUUUUCAUGUAAAUACUGCAUACAUUUAUUUUGAUGAAAGACUGAAUUUAAAUCAUGAUUAUUUCACUUAUACAGUAUAUAUAACAGGAAAGGAUUUGAAUCAUACCCUUUCAAUAAAUCCUUUCUGCUGUUGCAAAUGUGGUUAAUGAAUGAACAUCAUUACACAGGUUUAUCGAAUUAAUCGGAGUUUAACCAGAUUUGUUAAGAUAUUUAACAGCAGUAAAAUCUGGGCGACAGCACUAAAUCUUGCUACAUAAGAUGAACUAGGCCUACUCUCCUACUGAAAAAGCCUGCAACUUGGAUUUCAUCCAAGUUACAUUAUAUAGCGUUUUAAAAAGAGCCCAGAUUAAAAUAAAGAUGUAUACUGAGAUGUAAAUGUGUACAACUAAACAAAGAGGGAGUGAAUAGAACGUUCAAUUCGUUCU